AUGCCGCCAGAUAACGGUGUUCCAGCCCCAUACGAUGACUGGCGACCUUAUACACAGAAAAAGGAAGAUAAAGUUUCACCGGAUCAACGCAAAUACUUUUCACGUGAAGACUCAUAUGGUGAAGAUGGUGAGAAGAAAUCAGUCUCUGACGAAUUACCUGAAGAGCAAACUAGGCUUUCUCAAGCACGUAAACUAUUUCUGCAAGAUUUACCAAAAAUAAUGGUUGAUGAGUGGUUUCGUUUACCACCAGUUAGAACAGAGCAUAUAUUCCAUGCACGACAUAUUAGAAGAUUAUUUGUGGGGAAACCAGAUGCACCGGUUUUACAAGGACCUGGAGGAUUAGGUGAAUUUCCUGGCUUAGAAGUACACUUACUCAGAGCACAAAUAGCUCGUAUCACAUCUGCCUGUUGGAUUUCCCCUGCUGGGAUAUAUGAAAUUGAUGAAGAGGCUGAACUAGAGGAAGGUGAGCAGCCUGAAACUCUGAUGGAAGUUGAAGAUUUUGAACCACUGGAAUUUGAAGAACUGUUAAACAGAAAUAAUUGGCAACAUAUAAGACCGUAUAUUCUACCACAAGGUAGAUGUAGUUUUGUUGCACAAAAGCAAGCAGUCAGUGCAAUGAAAGAGAUACUUGACGGUAGAAAAGAUAUUGGAUGGAUUAAUCCUAUUGUUGCACAGAAAUGGAUCGAGAAAUUCAAAGCAAAAGGAGAGAUGAAUGAUGAAGAAACGGAAGAAGAGGGCGGAGAAGGUGAACAACUUGAAGAACCACAAGAAGGUCCAAAUCUGUUAGGUACUAUUGCAGAAGAUACAGUUCUCAAGGCGACUGAAAAUGUUGGUCUACCAACAGCAAGAAUUACUCGAUCGGAAAAUCGUUCUAUUAAGUUAACUUCUCGUCCUUUGAUUGCAUGGAGAGUAAAACCAUCAAGCGUCCUAUUACCGAAAAACUGUUGUGUAGCUAUUGUAAGCAGUGGUCGAUGGCCAGGCGCACAUGCACUUGCAAGAGGAGCUGAUUUCGUCAAUGUGUAUAUUGGUUGGGGUCAAAAAGUUUUGAGCAGUUCAUUUUCACCAUUAAGACUGCCAAAGCUGAUGACAGAAUUCAAUGAAGAACAAGCUGAUGGCUUGAUUGAAGUCAAUGAUCCAACAUCGCUGGAGGAAGAAUUUCUAAGACAAAAGAAGAAGGAACGUCAUCUAGCUCGUGAAACAAAAGCUGAAGAAGAAGAGAAUGAGGAAAGUGGAGAAGAAGACGAAUAUGAGGAUUAA